AUGCCAGGACAGAAGUAUGACCAAUACCUCAAGCGAUAUGAGUUGCUGGUUGAAUUCAAGCACAUGAAGAACCCAAAUAACUGUCCGCCAGGGAUAUACCUACGGCCGGAACCGGAAAACCUGAAUGAAUGGCACGGCGUCCUAUUCAUACAUCGCGGCUACUACAAGGAAGGAGUGUUCAAGUUUGUCAUCGAGAUACCCAAAGCGUACCCGAAUGCUGGUCCUUCGGUGCUCUUUUUGACCGAUAUGUUUCAUCCGCUAAUUGGGCGGGAUGGCCGGUUUAGCCUAUCACAACAAUUUCCGGUCUGGCGGCCACGGAAGGACUACAUUGCACAUAUUCUGCACUACCUCAAGAACUCGUUCAGGGAAUCCGUCCUGUCCAGCUUACAGGAGGAAGCCUGCUCCAACAAGGAAGCCUACAAGAUCUUUCACAACGAACGCGGGCUCUAUGCCAAACUAGCAGCACAAUGCGCACAGCUUUCAGUAUCGGAAGGGGUGUUGUUCGAUCAUAGCGAUACAUCGGCGGUCAAGUUCUCGCCGUUGACUGAGGAUCAUUUUGAGGAAAUCAAGUUGCAGAUGAUGAAUUCCGGGGUGAGUUCGAUGUAA